CUAGUUCGAGCAUACAAGAUGGCGGAACUAGUACUUGAUCCAGCCAUUCGUUUAUGGGUCAUUUUGCCCAUUGUAGUCAUAACCUUCCUUAUUGGUAUYAUAAGACAUUACUUAUCAAUAUUACUACAAUCGAAAAAGGAGGUCGACAUUCAAGGAGUGACUGACAGUCAAGCACUGUUGAGAAGUAGAUGUCUUCGAGAAAAUGGGAAGUUUAUACCUCAAGAAGCAUUUGAAAUGAGAAGACAUUUCUUUAAUGAUGAAAAAGAGGGAUACUUCAAGAAGACUGACCGCAAAGGCCAAGUGAAGAACCCUAUAUCAGAUCCAUCAAUGAUGGUGGAUAUGGCCAAGGGUAACAUUACCAAUGUUCUUCCUAUGAUCCUAAUUGGUGGAUGGAUCAACUGGCAUUAUUCAGGAUUUAUCACAACAAAAGUGCCAUUCCCAUUGACUAUAAGGUUUAAAGCUAUGCUUCAGCGUGGCAUUGACCUUACAAAUCUGAAUGCCUCAUGGGUGAGCUCUGUGUCUUGGUAUUUUAUUAACGUGUUUGGUCUUCGUAGCAUGUAUGCACUGGUUUUGGGAGAAAACAAUGCGGCUGAUCAAACACGCAUGAUGCAGGAUCAGAUGCAGAUGCAGAUGCCUCCAGAUCCUAGUAAAGCUUUUAAGGCCGAGUGGGAAGCCUUGGAGAUCGUUGAACAUGAAUGGGCCCUCGAGAAUGUGGAGCAGGAGUUGAUGGAAGAAUACUCUCCUUCUGAUGUUCUGGCUUUAACCAAAGACAAAUAUGUGUAAAAUCAUUUCCUCUUAUCGUAUAAUUCUGUACAAGUGCAGUAUUUAACAGUUCAUAAUAUACCUCGCAAAAAUUGGAACAUCUAGAAUAUACAGUCUUGUAGCAGAUCAGAAUUGACAGGCAUUUUCGAGGAGUAUGUAUUUACAGUUAAAUGAGCAAAGCACUGGAAUACGACACUCUCGAGGUCUUUACAGACAAAGUAUUAAAAACACAAUGUCCCACAUUCU